GUGAUUUUGUGACUUAAUGUUUCAGAGAUAAUUAACAUUUUAAUAGACUUUUGAAAGGCACUUUUUUAUGUGUAGUUUUUCGUGUACAGUUGAUGCUAAUAUGAAUAAAAUACCUACAGUAUGUCUAUUGAUUUUGCUCUUCGGAUACAGCCAUGAAGAUGAGCGAGCAGAUCAACACUUUGCUGACAUUUGUGAAACCGAUGAUCCCGUGGGAUAUGCACAAGUAAAUACGACAUCAGGAUUUGUAACCGGCGUGACAACGUUAAAAUCACAUGUAUUCUGGGGCAUACCUUAUGCUCAACCACCGGUUGGCGAUUUGAGAUUUCAACCACCUAAACCAAUUUUAACACCAUUGGGAAACAUAAAUGCCACCAAGAAUCAUUUUCUUCAAUGUUUCCAAUCCAAAAGCUACGAAUCUCUCAUAGCCGAUGGUCAUUGUCCUACUCAUUUGAGUGAAGAUUGCUUGAUUCUCAACGUCUUUGUGCCGUCCGCCAUUAACUUUGAUACUACCAUUUCUACAAGUAAACGACUUCCGGUUCUAUUUUUUAUUCAUGGUGGAUCAUUUAAAGCUCACUCCGGCAACCAACCUCGUCACAAUGCUGUUGGUCUUGCGAAUGCCACGAAUACCAUUGUUGUAACAAUCAAUUACCGGUUAGGUCCAUUUGGAUUUCUUGUUCAUCAUCAGAAAGAAGAAUCUGAUUUGUUGGGAAAUCAAGGACUGAAAGAUCAACAACUUGCUAUGAGAUGGGUUCAAGAUAAUAUAGAAAACUUCGGAGGAGAUAAAGAGAAGGUGACAAUAUUCGGUAACAGCGCUGGUGCACAGUCUGUGAUGUUUCAUACACUCUCUAACGUUAGUAGAAAUCUGUUUAGCAACUCUAUUCAACAAAGCAAUCCAGGAAUCAUGUCGUUUUAUGCUCCAACAAUGAAGAUUGCCUCACGUGUAACGGAUAAACUUUUACAAAAGCUUAGUUGCACCGGAAAUCAAAGAAAAUGUUUGAUAGAUUCUACAGCAGAAGCUAUCGUGGAGAAAACAAGUGAGGUCGAGACAAUGACUUACAAGGACGAAGGAAUUGGCCUAUAUUUGUCUGAAGCGUAUCAGCCUGUGGUGGACGGAGUCGAGUUUGCCGAUCAACCGGUAGCUCUAUAUCGUGAUGGCAAAUGGAACAGUGAUAAACACAUGAUUAUAGGAGUUAGUACGCAAGAAUUUGAAAAUAUUGAAUAUAGCUACCCAUAUGGUUUCGUAAUGGAUGUGGAAACUUUUUUUGAUUUUAUGAAACCGUGGUUCGACGAGGAAACAGCAAGCAAAAUUGGAGAAAAAUACGCAACUACGUAUAAUUUGGAUGAAGCCGAUGACAUGAAUAAGAUAUUUUGGAAAAUAUACUCUCACUAUUAUUUCAAUUGCCCCAGCAGAUUAUUGGCAAGACUAGCGUCCAACACCACAUCUUCCUCAGUUUAUUUUUAUGUGAAUGACCGUAAAAUACUUGAUGAUCAAUGCUUCGCAAGAGAUGGAAAUAAAUCAAAGUGCUACUUUGCCUUCCAUGCAAGCGAGAUUGAAUACAUAUUCAGGACGUUCGAAAAAGUUCGAAACGACAACUACACUGCUGAUGAUUUGCUGAUUGAAAACCUGUAUAGUACUUAUUGGGGAAACUUUGCCCACACCGGGAAUCCUUCAUCUAAGUUGAAUACUUAUAUUGACGAUUUACCGAUUUGGCCAGAAUAUAAAAAUGACAAGGAUCCGAGUAAGAGCUGGCUACACCUUAUGAUACAAGCCCCCAGAAGCACUAUACAAAAUGAGUAUUUGGAAGAGAUUUGCGACUUCUGGGACAGCAUUAAGUAUGGUGUAAAAGAUGAGGGUUCUGAAAUACCAUACGCUACCGAAGUAGCAUCAACAUCACCAUCUGCCCCGACUACCAGUAGUGGCGAAAAUGGUAAAAUAAUGCACAAAUUGUUGUUGAUUGCUUCAUUUUUGUUUUUGUACUUCAAUGUAUAGAAUUACAAAUUAUCCGUUUUGAGUCAGAAAUAGACAGUCAUUUUUCUUUUGGGAAAUACUCAUACGAACGUUGAUUUUUAUAAGCAACCUGUUUUAUCAGCGUGGUUGUCAUACCUCGCCUCAUAAACAAGUAUUGCAGCUGAAUAUCCAAGAUUCUAUUUUGCAAUUAAAAGUGUAGUGUGGCGAUUUCUAAUAUACAUUAGAAAAAGAAAAGUAGCGCUUCUGACCAUAUAAAGUACAUUACUUCUUCAGUAUCCAAGAACAUUUCCCAAACUUGUUCAGAUUCAACAAAUGUUUUGUACUUUAUUUUACAUAAUAUAAAUCACUGUACUAACAAGAUAAUCUCAAGAAUUUUUUUGAUGACUCUGUAAAUGCUUCUGUCAGAACUUGAUUUAAUAGCAAUAAAAAAUUAUGAAACCGAA